CCCUCUCUAAAUGUUUGGCUCAUAACUCCACUGAAUGGAGACAGUGUCCAUUUACCCGCAAUUUAAAGUUUUAUUCUCGAGAUCCUUUUUUCUUUACAAUCAGUAUUUUCCUUUCUUAUUUGCGUUGCCAAUGACACCGUGGGAAUUGAAUGGAAUGGAAUUGAAUUCGAUAUUAAAUAAAUAAACCUACAAUCAGCCAAUUCCAUCAUGAUUUUACCAUUGAUAAACCGGAUGCUCGGAGUCGGAAAAAUAUUUUAUAAUUCUUCACAGAUAUUACAGCCAUACUUGCCUAUGACAACCAGCUGCAUACGAUGGGCUUCAAAAAAAGCAGGUAGUUCAAAGAGGAAUACUGGUGGCAAAAGUUCAGGAAAACGAUUGGGUACCAAGAAGACUCAUGGUCAGCAAGUAUAUGAGAACCAGAUACUCGUCAGGCAGAAGAUGCACUUUAGGUACUACCCUGGACAAUUUGUAAAGACCGGGCGAGACAAAACACUAGUGGCCCAAGUGGCUGGGACAGUUUGCUUCUCAAAACAGAGAUGGCAUCCAACCCAUAACACACAGUUUGGACGAGAGAUUGCUCCACAGAUGACAGAUGAAGAGAUGGAGAGAACAUUUGUGCAUGUGAUUCCAGAGGAGGAGGUUGGCAAUUUUAAACUGGUAGGGCAGGUUUAAGAUUCCUUUACUUGAGGGAUAUUAAUUGGACAUAGCGAUUGUCAAGAAUGAAAAUUUGGAUGAUAUCUAUUUUGCUUCUAUACGAUACGGGAGGUGGAUGGCGAUGGGGAGGUGCCUUCAAGUGGUACAGCUGGGAAAUUGAGAGCAUCUGCAUGUUCCAUUAGUACAACUACAACGGUUGAAGUUUAACCAUCUGACAGGUUUCAAGAUUGCCCCUCUCAUAUCAAGCUUGUGUGUGAAGAAAACGACUGUCAAGAAUGAGAUCAUUACGUAGAGGGCCGAGUCUGGAUGAGGGUAAGCCAGAGGUUCCAAACUGGUGAUGCCUAACAAAUGGUACUAGUUUACCAUUGUUCAGUUUUGAAAUGAUAAUAGGAUUCUGCAAUUUCAGGCUGGAUUCGAAGAUGAGACCUUUCAAAGGAUACUGUGAGAAUGAGCAGUGAAGGAUCUGUAUGUAGAAAAAAUAUGAUUUGUUGCAUGAUGGGGAAUGAUUGAAGAUCACCAAUUUCCAAAUCUGUCUGCUUUUCCUACUUUUAAGACUGGCAAUAAUUAUAACAUCUAAAGAAAUAAUAAUUGCAGUUCUGAAGUGCGAAUUUCAUCUUUUCUCAUGUGCUUGUGAAGUGAGUUUUACGUACCACAUAAGAAUCAUGCUUUAUAGGAUUGGUCAAAAGUCAAUCCUGUGAUUAAAAAAAGUGAAAGAACUUUUAUGUUUCGCUGAUCACUUCAGCCCUAGGGUCAUAAUGCGUUGAUUAUUCUUAGUACAAAAUAAAGAGGUCAUUGUGACUCAAUUUUUUAUUCCAUCUUUCUCUAUCACAUGUACAUGUAGUAGUGAUCGUGUGAGAACUAGAUUUGCGUGAGCAGUGUACAUACAUGUACGUGCAAGUCUUGAAAAAUUAUGCAAAAAAGUGCAUUGGCCCUCUUUUUUUUUUUACUGUAAAAUUCCUCUGUGAGGUCAUAAUUAUCUUGUUUAAGCAAGGAAUAUUAAGCUAAGAUGUCUAAUAACCUCUUGAUUUCAGGUGACGAGGCAAGUCACUUGGUGAGAAGAAUGUACUCUAUAUCUUUCCUCAGCUUCACUUCGGAAAGAUUAGCCUGCUAUAUCCAUCUUGCCUUGAAAGUGAUAAGAUUGCCCAUCACCUUCACCAACAGUUAUUAUUGUACAACGCCUGCUUAGCUUGUUGUACGCGAGCAAAUGGGAGGCUGAAUGUCAAACAUUCGUACCGUCGCACAAAAGACGUACCAUCCAAAAUGUACCGUUGCACGGCUUUAGGAGGUGACGUCACAAUACGAUUUAAUUCAUUGUAAAAAUGAACAAUACGCGUAUAAACCAGCUGGCUAAAUGCGCAAGGCUGCCCAAGGUCAUGUGCGCUUGUGGGAUUUUGCUUUCUGAUCUGCUUUCGGUAUUUUUGCUCCCUUUUCAUAGAUUACUAUAGGGAUAAACUCUUUGUUUUUUCAUAUUUUCGCUAAAUUCCGAGGCGAUGUACAACACAAAUAGCGAAUAUUCUUAUUCGUGCAAUGGUGCGAGAUUUCGCAUUCGGUGAAAGAAAGAAACGCUCUAUUCAACUCGGCUCACGCCUCGUUGAAUAGAGCAUCUUUCUUUCACCUCAGGCGAAAUCUCGCACCAUCGCACUCAUGCCUAUUCGCUAUUUGUAUACUGUUACAUUGAUAACUUACUUUCACCUCUCUGAACCAUGUAGUCUUCAGUCAAUUUUUUAUCAUAAUUUGGUAGUCUGUUUUUUGUUACACAAUUUUAAGAAUUUUCUUUAAAUAAUGAUAAUAGGCAUUUAUAUAGCGCCAUCUAUCUAGAAAUAUUCUAUUCCAAGGCACGUUAUUAUUAUUAUUACCCCGGCUCUAGCUUGAGCUGCCUUUCAACGCUCAUGCAUUCAAGAAAUAGCCCAGAAAUUAAUCCUGCCGGGUACCCAUUCACCUCACCUGGGUUGAGUGCAGCACAAUGUGGAUAAAUUUCUUGCUGAAGGAAAUUACGCCGUGGCUGGGAUUCGAACCUAAGACCUCCUGUUUCAAAGUCAGAAGACUAAUCCACUGGGCCAAAACGCUCCACAUGCUUGAACAGUUAUGCACACAUAAUAUUUGAAGUGUAAUCUUAUUUUUAUAAUUAAUUAAUUUAUUUAUACUUUUUAAAAGUGGAAUUUCUUCUGAGGUAGACCAGAUACCAUUGUUUCUUAGAGAAUUGACCUUAGGCUUACAAGACUUGCCUGUAUAAACCAUUGUUAAAAGUGAAUAUGUAAACCUACAUGAAGGCAUCUUCAAAGGAAUUAAAACGAAUUGGGUAUCAAACAAAAGAACCAAUCAAUAAUGCUCUUUCCCCUGUUUUGUAGAAUUUUUGUAGGUUAAAGGAUAUGAUUUCCACUUUCAUUUCUACAUAAAGUUUUCAUAAAAUCUAUAACUGAAACAUUUUAUGUUGUUGGAUAUUUUAUUUCUGUUGUGACUGUCAGAUGAAUGGAACAACUACAUGUAUGAGUGAUUUAUUGGUGGUAAACAAACAUGAACCAUAGUAUUCUAUUUUGAAAUAAAACAUUUACAUCAAAUUUUGCCCUAGCUUUACUUCAACUGAACCCUAUUUUGGUAAUUAUGCUGAGCAUGUAAAUAGCAAGAGCAGGAUUGUUCAUGUGAUAUAUCAAGGUAAACAAACUCAUGGAAUUUAGUUGUAGUUAUGAUUCUAUAAAAAGAAGGGCUUGGGUGGAAUAUUCCAUUUGUAUUGUGAUGCCGAUCAUUUUACACUAUUUGAAGUGUGUAUGAAAAAUAAAGUUCUUAGUACAUUAA